CUGAACCGAUGUACAAGUGAUCAACAAAAGGUACUUCCCCACCACCACGCGCACACACACACCUCCAAGCCAUAUUUCAGAGGCCUGCUGCAAAGGGGGGGAGGGUAACAGAGCUGUACAGAAUAUGAUCCCAAGAAUCUUAUACUGGAACAUGCUGGGUAACCCAAAUACCGGGGUCCCUGCAGGCCCCCCUUUAAUAUCUCCUCCCCUAGCCAGGCCAUUGCCCACAACCUGGUCCCCACACAGCAGAGCAGCUCUAGUCAGAGGGUUUCAUAACCAAACCCUGCGCUCCAGUACUGCCCGGGGAGACCCGGGUUCUUAGCCGCAGCAGCGCAGGGGGAGGGGAGGUUCAGGUAACCGGGAGCAGCAGGCCCGGGCCGGGGGAGCCCUGCAACGAGCGCCGGGGCCGGGAGGUGUCAGGCGAGCCGCGGGGGGAGCCGGGACGGGCUCAGAGAGCCGCAGGAGCGGCGGCCCCGCAGGUCCUUAGCGGCGGCCAGGUUCGCAGCAGCGGGAGGACGGCUCGGCUCGGCUCGGCUGGGAAAGGGGAGCAGCCGGUGUCGGCGGGCGGCCCAGCCGGACGGCAGGUAGGGGCGCGGCUGCGGGCGGGUGAACAUCCCCAGCUAGGGAAGGGGGACACGGGCACACGCAUGAGCCGAUAGCCGUGGGUGCCCCCACGCAGGGCAGGUCGCAGCCUGUCUCCUCCCCAGGCAGCUGUCACCCCGGGGGGUGCGGGAGCCGUCAGGGCGCGGGCCAGGGCGGGGAUGGACGCGCCUGGAGCGGGAACUGCCACCACCCCGAGUCUCCCUGGGGCUCCUGCCCAGGUGCCCGGCUGCAGCUCCCCCACACGUCUGUGCCCGAUCCGGGGGGGCUCCCCUAGGGCCGCCCUCCCCGCGGGCACCGCCGCUGCCCCAGGCUGGGGACACGGAGCGGGGGCUGCAGCGCGUUGGCUCGGGGCUCCCCUGUGUGCGAGGGGAGGGUCUCCGGGGGGCUGCGGACGCCCCCCCGCCGGGUGUGCGCGCGUGGCCGCUCAGGGGAGGGCGGCACCCCCCUGCGCCGCGCUGGGCGCUCCCCGCCCGGCUGCCGCGUUCUCAGGUGCGCUCGCCUCUCGCUUUGCUCCGCAGCGCCGCCGCCGCCUCCUUCCCGGAGCCCGCCUGGCUCUCCGGCGGAGCAGGGCGCAUGGCGGCGGCUCUGCUCAGCGAGCUGGAGAUCAAGCACCGCUCCAUGGCCGAGGAGGAUCCCAACGGCAACCAGCACGGGGUGGCGGCCCGCAGCAGCACCGUGCCUCGCUGGGGCCCGCAGCACGCCGGGGCCCGCCAGCUGGCCCAGCUCUACUCGCCCGGUAAACGGUUGCAAGAAUGGGUUUCUGUUAUCCUUUGCAUAAUCUUGGUCACAGUUGACUUUCUGCUCCUGUUAAUCCAUUUUUCAGCAAAUCAUCUUUAUAAAAUAAUAGCAGGUGUAGUUGCUGGAAUUAUUACGGCUGAUUUUGCCUCAGGCAUGGUUCACUGGGGAGCUGAUACCUGGGGUUCCGUUGAUAUCCCUGUCAUUGGCAAGGCAUUUAUCAGGCCAUUUAGAGAGCAUCAUAUUGAUCCAACAGCAAUAACCAGACAUGACUUCAUUGAGACCAAUGGAGAUAACUGUUUGAUAACCAUAAUUCCACUGGCCUUCAUGUUAUAUAAAUUCCUCUCUCAAACACCAGAAUAUAUACAUGAGACAUAUGCUUGGGAGUGCUUUAUGUUUGCGCUAGCUAUUUUUGUCACAAUGACUAAUCAGAUUCAUAAGUGGUCCCAUUCCUACUUUGGGCUGCCUCUAUGGGUCACAGUUUUGCAAGAUCUGCACAUCAUUUUACCGAGGAACCACCACAGAAUCCAUCACGUAGCACCCCAUGAAACCUAUUUUUGCAUCACUACAGGCUGGCUAAAUUACCCCUUGGACAGAAUAGGAUUUUGGAGGAAAAUGGAAAAUAUUAUAGAAGCAUUAACAGGUCAGAAACCUCGAACUGAUGAUUUACAGUGGGCAUGGAAGAUGCAAUAAAGCACUCUUUAAAAAAAAAAAAAAAAGAACUAAUAUGUCAUCUACAGGAAACAAGCAUCUCUUUAGCACAAUGGAUUUUAACCUCUGGCACAAUGAGUUUAUGAAAACUUUGAAAUUCUGCAGAGCAUUGUUUGCAAUGUCACAGAAGAAUUUUAUGAUUUGCCAGCUUGGAUAUCUUUAAGAGUUGAAACACAAUGAUAUUUGGAACAUACAACCAUUGAAUAUAAUUGCUAAUCUUACUUGGUUUUAAGAGACUAUUAUGCCUGAUGUAUUUAUUAGAACGUCUGUAUCCUGUUACUGUGCUUAGGUGGAUACUCACAAUGCAUCUGACUUCAUAAAUGUACCCAGAAAAAAAAAAGAUACGUUAAUUAACAUAAAGUACAUUUUGGCUUCAGUGUAAGUAAGAUACAUAAAUUGGCUUUGUGCCAUUGUAUAUUGAAGAGUUUGUAUUGUUUAAUUUGAAUGAUGCAAUGUUUCAGUAUAGGCCUAAGGAGUAAUUUGACUAGAUCUUUAUUUUUAAACAGCCGAAUUUUAAACUUCUGUGUUUUGGUCAUGAUUUUUAAACUGAGAUUCCAUUUUUGUUGCCACCAUUUUGCAACCCACAAUGAUUUGGUCACUUAGUUUUUCCCUUUAAUUCAUUCAUCUAUUUCCCUACAGGUAUAAAAUGUGGAGGCAAUCUACCGUAGGUACAAAAUUGCACCAAUAGCAAUGAAGCUCAGGUUUGAAAAUGAUGCCUUUUACACUGUUUAAUGCUAGGAAGUCUUAACCACUGUUGUUGGUUGUUGUUAAAUAUUUAUAUUUCAGUGGCUCCAAUCCAAAUUAGUGGUUUCCAUUUUGUACGCUCUGCACAAGGACCUAGUGCCUACCUCAAUGAUCUUAUGAUUUGAGUAGACAAGCAACAUACAAAUAAUGGGGUCUGUAACUGUGGUUUUAAAUUCUUUACAAUGAGUGAAAUAUGCCUUUCAAAAUCAAGACAUUCAUUUUAGUUAAAUUAAGAUUUCAAUGAGAGAAAUAUGAGCAUCUUAAAGCCAUUUGUAAUAUACUUAUCAAAUGAAAACCCCUUACGAAAUGGCUAGAGUGGGGCAUAUUGUAGGGUGGUUGGUUUUUUUAAUGCUAGGAAGCAGAUUUACCAUGUGUCUUUGACCUGAUUCUGGUGUCACACUUAUCUGCUGCUGUAAUGCCAUUGAGUUCUAUGGAAUUGUAUCUGACUGAUCCUUGAUGAAGAAAUGAGAUAAAAACCAGUCUGUGGUUCUUAAAUUUGGAAUCUA